AUGAGGUUUAAGAGCGAGAGCUCAGUCGAGCAAGGAUCAUUCUGGAUUGCAGUUUCACAGUUUUUUAAGCUUGUCUUGUCGGUCGCUAAGCUGACGUGGAUUGGCAUACUCAUUGUUGCUCAUAAACGGCUGACGAGCUUGGUAUGGGAGUUUCUGAGCCACAAGGGCCAGCCCCCUGACAUAAAGAAACUGGAUUUCAAGUUUNCUUUAUCGGUUUCAUGUGUUCAUUUCAUAUGUUCAUCGAUUGGAGCUUAUAUUGUGAUCAAAGUUCUCAAGUCCUGUUUCUUUUAUGCAGACAAUUCAAGUCAUUUACUCCAGCAACUACAGAAACUGGAUUGGGGAAAAAUGCAGCUCUUGAUGCAGAAACUGAUUUUGAUAACAUCAUUAUCAAGACCUAUAAAUGCAUCUGAUUUCACUGAAUUGGGGAAAGAUGCAGCUCUUGAUCUUGAGUAUAUUGCAAAAAGAUUAAGGAAUGCUGGUGAUUAUGACAAGAUCUCCAAAGUCAUUGACAUGUUGAUUGAGAAAUUUGCUAAAUCCCCUCAAGCAAAUCAUCGAAAGCUUGAGUAUAUUGCAAAGAGAUUAAGGAAUGCCGGUGAUUAUGACAAGAUCUCCAAAAUCAUUGACAUGUUGAUUGAGGAAUUUGUUAAAUCCCCUCAAGCAAAUCAUCGAAAGGGUGGUCUUAUUGGCUUAGCUGCUGUGACAAUUGGUUUGUCUUCUGAAGCUGCUCAACGAUAUCUUGAGCAAAUAGUGCCACUUGUGAUUAACUCCUUUUCUGAUCAAGAUAGCCGAGUUCGGUAUUAUGCUUGUGAAGCUCUCUAUAACAUUGCAAAGGCUGUGAGAUGCGAGUUCCUUAUUUUCUUCAAUCAGACUUUUGAUGCUUUAUGCAAACUCUCAGCAGAUUCUCAGCAGAUAAUAUAG